AUGCCUGGACCAAACAAGCGGUGGGACGAUGAAGAGGAGGAGUCUAGCUCCGGCACCGAGGCCCCAACCACCGCUGCCCCCGUCGGCCGCCGCAAGUUCGACGAUGAGGAGGCCGAGGACAGCGAUGUCCUGGACUCCUGGGACGCCGCCGAGGACUCCGAGGUAGAGCGCGAGAAGGCAAAGAAGGCUGCCGAAGCCAAGGCCAAGGCCGAAGCCGAAGCCGCUGCCAACAAGAAGAGCAAGGCCCAGCGCAUCGCCGAGCGCCAGGCCGAGCGCGCCCGCCAGCUCGCGGAGGAAUCCGAGAGCGACGGCGAAACCGAGGCCCAGAAGCGUGAGCGUCUCCGUCGCACCGAGAAGGAAGCCGAUCUUGCCCACGCCCAGGAUCUCUUUGGCGCCAUCGGCAUCAGCAGCGGCCGCAAGGCCAACGCCUCCGCCAGCGUUGUCCAGCUCCCCGGAAGCGACCCCAACAACACCAUCGAUCUCUCGACCCUGCCAAUCUUCAACCCACUCACCAAGGGCCAGUUCGAGACCCUCCGCAACGCGACAGCCCCUCUCCUCGCCUCCAACGCCAAGAAGGCCCACUUCGUCAACUUUGCCCAGGAGUACUUCAAGCAGAUCAUCAAGGACUGCAAGUCUGACGAGAUCAAGAAGGUCGCCAGCGCCCUGACAGCCCUCAGCAACGAGAAGCUGAAGGAGGAGAAGGCGGCCGAGAAGGGCGGCAAGAAGACCAAGGCUGCCAAGACCAAGACCUCUCUGGCGGGUGUGUCCCGUGGCGGUGGUGUUGCUCAAGAUACCGCUACCUACGAUGAUGAUGAGGCCUUUGGAGAUGAUGACUUUAUGUGA